CGAAGGGCUCCCUAGCAAGGUUCCCAAACAAACUCUCCAAGCACACAUUUUGACAAUUGCUUGAUAUUUUUCGGCUUUCUCGUCACUUGGCUUACACGAGAGACAACGCACCGAGAUGUCUUUGGCCGACGAGCUGCUGGCAGAUCUGGAGGAGGCCGGAGAUGAAGGGGAGGACGGGCUGUAUCCUGGGGAGGAAGGAGGAGAGAGUGAUGGAGAGGCUGGAGGACAGAGGGAAGGAGGCGGGGGGUUGGAAGAUAUACCUGAAGAGAUGGAGGUGGACUAUAGUGGAGCAGAGAGCAUCACCUCCAUAGCGAAACUGCGACACAGCAAACCUUUUUCAGAUAUCAUGGACAAAAUUUCCGAGUACGUAGGGAAUCAGCGCAAAACCUCAGAGGUGUCUGGUCCAGUGGAAGCAGAUCCAGAGUACAAACUCAUCGUUGCCGCCAACAACCUGACAGUGGAGAUUGACAACGAGCUAAACAUCAUUCAUAAGUUUGUCCGAGACAAGUAUUCCAAGAGAUUCCCGGAACUGGAAUCCCUGGUCCCGAACGCCUUGGACUAUAUCAGGACGGUGAAGGAGCUGGGAAACAAUCUGGACAAAUGCAAGAGCAACGAGACCCUGCAGCAGAUCCUGACCAACGCCAGUAUCAUGGUCGUCAGCGUCACGGCAUCCACCACACAAGGGACGAUGCUGGGCGACGACGAGCUCCAGCGAUUGGAGGAGGCGUGCGACAUGGCCCUGGAACUGAACCAAUCGAAGCACAAGAUCUACGAGUAUGUCGAAUCCAGGAUGUCUUUCAUUGCCCCCAAUCUGUCAAUCAUCGUAGGGGCGUCGACUGCUGCCAAAAUCAUGGGUAUUGCGGGAGGCUUGACUAACCUGUCUAAGAUGCCGGCGUGUAACCUGAUGUUGUUGGGGGCCCAGAGGAGAACUCUGGCUGGUUUUAGCAGCACCUCGCUGCUCCCCCACACUGGCUUCAUCUACCACUGUGACGUGGUGCAGUCUCUGCCCCCGGACCUGAGGAGGAAGGCCGCGCGUCUGGUGGCGGCUAAGUGCACCCUGGCAGCUCGCGUCGACAGUUUCCACGAGAGCGCCGACGGCAAGGUGGGGUAUGACCUGAAGGAGGAGAUUGAGAGGAAGUUUGAUAAGUGGCAGGAACCACCGCCUGUCAAACAGGUGAAGCCCCUCCCAGCUCCGCUGGACGCCCCACGAAAAAAGAGAGGAGGGAGGAGAUAUCGUAAGAUGAAGGAGCGUCUGGGAUUGACCGAGAUCAGAAAACAUGCCAACAGAAUGACCUUUGCUGAGAUUGAGGAUGAUGCGUAUCAGGAGGACCUGGGUUUCAGUCUGGGCCAGCUGGGAAAGUCCGGCAGCGGGAGGGUCAGACAAGCGCAGGUCAACGACGCCACCAAGGCCAGGAUAUCCAAAUCCCUACAGCGAACGCUUCAGAAACAGAGCAUGGUGUACGGGGGAAAAUCCACGGUCAGAGACCGCUCGUCUGGGACCAGUUCAAGUGUCGCCUUCACUCCUCUGCAGGGGUUGGAGAUUGUGAAUCCCCAGGCAGCAGAGAAGAAAGUGGCAGAAGCCAACCAGAAAUACUUCUCCAACAUGGCCGAGUUCCUCAAGGUUAAGAGGGAAGGGGAGGGGAAGAUGUGAACUGGGAUAUCACACACACACACACACACACAGACUGUGCUCUGGCUGUAGGAUUUUGUGCGUGGCAGUUUGACCUGUAAAUGUCGUCCACGCCGAAGCCAACGCAGACAGAGCCGUUUUCAGAAGAGGAUCCGUUCCGUCCCUGUUGCGUCUCACCCGACCUGGCGAGAAACGAACGCCCGGAGAGCAACGCCUCAAAUGUACAUUUGCGUUUCCUUUUCAAACCCUUCGUUAUUAUAUG